AUGGCGUCGCAAACCACCCACGCCACCACCGCUCCUCCCCGACCAAGACGUCUCUCAUGGCGCCCCCGAGACUCGUCGCCUGACGACUUCACCGCCGCCACCUCGACAGACCCGCACGCUGCCCUGAUGCAUGGCCACGACCACGAAGGCAUGUCGGAGCGGACACGACACCAGCACGCAACCACAGACGAAGCCGAAGAGGCCCAGGCGAACAAGUCGAAGAAAAUGGAGAAGAUGAUCACGCCAUACCUCGCCCAGCACAUUCCCCAACAAUAUAACCCCCUCGGCGCCAACAGCCCAGGGCAAGACGAGCGUCCACGCACUGCCAACACCAAGUUCUGCUAUCGACACCGUCCCGACCUACUCUGUCGACGGCAAGCAGACGAGCCGUCCAUGGAGCAACUGCAGGAACAACUUGGUAGAGAGUCUCAGGCCGACCAGCAGAGCAUUGCCAACGUCUGGUCGCUCUUCUCGGCGGCUCCGUCCCGCCAUCGCAACCUCAUGCUGCAGGGCAUUCUCGCCCAGUGCUGCUUUCCUCAACUCUCCUUCAUAUCCUCCUCCGUCCGAAACCUCAUUAAGAUCGACUUUCUCGGCGCACUGCCCACCGAAUUGGGCUUCAAGAUCCUCUGCUACCUCGACACCACCUCACUCUGCAAGGCCUCGCAGGUCAAUCGGCGGUGGAGACAACUGGCAGACGACGACGUCGUCUGGCACAAGAUGUGCGAGCAGCACAUUGACAGGAAGUGCACAAAGUGCGGCUGGGGACUCCCGCUUCUCGACCAACGUCGCUUGCGCCACGAGAAGAGACGGAUACAACUGCGCGCAUCGGGGCGGGGCCUCAACGAGUGGUCGCCAAACAUCACCCCACAGCCCGAGACCUCCCCCGACACACUCGCUCAUCGAUUAUCUCAAGGCCCCGACCCCGCUGCCAGCACCAAGCGCUCUGUGCCAGACGACGAUUCUUCUCCAGAAGCUUCGAAUAAGCGACCAUGCACCAGCCUCCAGCCAGGUCAAGACCAAGUCACAUCAUACUUUGAUCAUCCUAAGAAGCGACCAUGGAAGGAUGUCUACAAGGAUCGCUACAAGGUUGGUAGCAAUUGGAAGUACGGACGUUAUUCGACACGCAUAUUCAAGGGCCACACCAACGGCGUCAUGUGCCUGCAAUUCGACGAUCAAGUCCUCAUCACCGGCUCCUACGAUGCCACGAUCAAGGUCUGGGACAUCAAGACGGGUCAAGAGAUCCGCACCUUAACAGGCCACACCCAAGGCAUCCGAUGCCUGCAGUUUGAAGACAGCAAACUGAUCACUGGAAGCUUGGAUAACACGAUCAAGAUCUGGAACUGGCGGACAGGCCAGCUUGUAAAAUCCAUGAACGGCCACAGCGAUGGUGUAAUUGGCCUACAUAUGGCAGACAAACUCCUCGCAUCCGGGUCUUCAGACAACACCAUCAUGGUGCACGACUUCAGCCACAUGAAGCGCACCACCUUACUAGGCCACACAGACUGGGUCAACGCCGUCAAGAUCGACCUCCCCUCGCGCACCCUCUUCUCCGCCUCCGACGACAUGACCGUCAAGCUAUGGGAUCUCGACACCCACCGCUGCAUCAAGACCUACGAAGGCCACGUCGGCCAAGUCCAACAAGUGCUGCCCCUCCCGCAAGCCUUUGAAAUCGACGAAGACGACUUUGUCGCAAACGCAAACAAUGAUACAUCCGAUACCGCUUCCCUCGCCUCGGAUACCGCCCCGCCUCUCGCCCAUACCUCGUCUUUUUCAUCUCACCACCACAGUCACCCCGAAGAACCAAGUUUCUUCCCCGACGACCCCUCCCGUCCGUCUCCGCCCUCAUACAUGCUCACCGGCUCUCUCGACGGCACAAUUCGCCUCUGGCACGUACCUUCUGGUCGCUGUGUCCACCGCUUCUUCGGCCAUGUCGAGGGCAUCUGGUCGCUUGCCGCCGAUUCACUUAGACUCGUUAGUGGAGCUGAGGACAAGACGAUUAAGAUCUGGGAUCCCCGGACGGGCAAACACGAGAGGACGCUCACGGGUCAUACAGGUCCCAUCACUUGUGUGGGGCUGAGUGACGAGAGGGUUGUUAGCGGGAGUGAAGACGGUACCGUUCGUGUGCAUUGUUUUACCCCCGAGGGCGCGUGA